CGUGUUGGCCUAUGGCUUUGCCUUUUCCUGUCUUAGAUGGCAGGGCAGGAGAUGCCAAAUUCCAUGAAUUGCAAUUCAAGGAGGGGAAUCAGUGAGCUUAGAGGAGUCAGUACACUUCCCAGGAGAAAAAGAAGAUUCCAGGAAAUUUUCUUCCAGGUGAAGCUUUGAGGUACUUUCUUAAAACUCCAAUGACCAUCUAAUGAGAAGAGGGAAACACGUUUGGAGGGAAGCUUACCAUUCCCAACAUGAAGGACCGGCUUGCAGAACUCCUGGAGUUCUCCAAGAGCUGUGACCAGCAGUUCCCAGACGGGGACGAUGACUUCGACUCGCCCCACGAGGACAUCGUGUUCGAGACGGACCACCUCCUGGAGUCCCUGUACCGAGACAUCCAGGACAUCCAGGAGGACAACCAGCUGCUGGCGGCCGACGUGCGGCGGCUGGGCAAGCAGAACGCGCGCUUCCUCACGUCCAUGCGGCGCCUGAGCAGCAUCAAGCGCGACACCAACUCCAUCGCCAAGGCCAUCAAGGCGCGCGGCGAGGGCAUCCACCGCAAGCUGCGCGCCCUGAAGGAGCUGAGCGAGGCGGCCGAGGCCCAGCACGGCGCGCACUCGGCGGUGGCGCGCAUCUCGCACGCGCAGUACAGCGCGCUCACGCGCGCCUUCCAGCAGGCCAUGCACGAGUACAACCAGGCCGAGAUGAAGCAGCGCGACAACUGCAAGAUCCGCAUCCAGCGCCAGCUCGAGAUCAUGGGCAAGGACGUCUCGGGCGAGCAGAUCGAGGACAUGUUCGAGCAGGGCAAGUGGGACGUGUUCUCCGAGAACCUGCUGGCCGACGUCAAGGGCGCGCGCGCGGCGCUCAGCGAGAUCGAGAGCCGGCACCGCGAGCUGCUGCGCCUGGAGAGCCGCAUCCGCGACGUGCACGAGCUCUUCCUGCAGAUGGCGGUGCUGGUGGAGCAGCAGGCCGACGCGCUGAACGUCAUCGAGUUCAACGUGCAGCGCACGCGGGACUACACCGGCGAGGCCAAGGCGCAGGUGCGCAGGGCGGUGCAGUACAAGAGGAGGAACCCGUGCCGGACCAUCUGCUGCUUCUGCUGCCCGUGCGUCAACUAACCGGGCCUCGUCGGUGCGCCCACUUGGCCGAAGAGCUCCUUGCUCUGCUCCAUCUAGAGUGAACCUGACCUUGGGACUGGACUCUUAUCGUCUCUGAUUCGUCAUCUGACGUGGUCGAUGUGAUUCCUGCCUAGAGAGAAACUUUUUUUUUUUUUUUUGCUCAUCGCCCCUACUUAGUAAAAUCGCCUCGGACACAAUGUUUUUAUCUUUUUGACCUUUCAUGUCUUCCACUAGAAUAUACUUGGGGAUUAUUUUUCUAAAUAUUUUCAAGCACGUAAUAUUGAGGAAGCACUCGAGGGAACGGUCACAUUUUAUGUAUUUUUCACAUCAGUUAUUUAAAAUUUGUCUUUUUACUCGCUUGCACGUGCACAUACAUAUGUAAUUGUAAAUACUAAUAGUCACUAACGUGUGCACAUAAUGACCAGUUGACUUCACUUUACUUUUGUAAACGUGCUACAUAAAUGUCAAGAAAAAUACUUUGCCUGGCUUUUGGGUUGCCUAUUUUGUAUUUUAUCUUGCUCCAGUCUGCAUGUCCAUCGGCCAAUUUGGCUCAAAACUUUAACAGUCCUGCGUUGGCUAUGUUAGGAAGGACGGGUGUAGAAGGCUGAAAAUAUAUAUAAAACUAGAGAUAGUAAAAUUAUGUUCUUGGAAACAGGGUCGUACCCCGACCCCCGUGGACCAUUCCUUUCACACAUUAACAUGGAGUAAUUUGAAAUGAAGUAAUCCUAGUUUUCAAGCUUAAUAACAAUAACAUUAUAAAUAUCCCUCUUACACAUUUGUAUCUUGCCAUUUAAAUUGUGUUUCGUUUACUUUUUCAACUGUUGUUAAAGCUUUUUCUGCCUAGGUACUUUGAGGCUGCAACAUCUGGAUAGAAUUCUGAGCAAAGCGGAAAAUAUGAUAAACUCGAAUUCAUAUGAGGAUGUCUUGCUUUCUCUCCUGAGCUAUGAUAGCUUAGCAGAAUCAUCACAUUUUAGAGCUCUGGUUUGCUUUGCAAACUUUGUGAUGGCCUACAUCACGGUUGUCACGCCUCCUGUCUUUCCUCUGUGCCAACUCUGAAGUCUUUCUACCCCACACUUAAUACAUGAGCAAUUUUUAGUCAUGUUUCUCAGGACCUCCAGAAGAUGGAGUUUUAAGAAGAGGAGAAAGAGCAGUUUGUGAACUCCAGUCUUUGAGGCUCAUUGCUGGACUUACUUAUGACCAGGCAAAUCUAGCCCCUACUUAAUCUUAAUUUCACAGUCCAACAUGAAAAUUGUACGAACUAUGUCCCACCACCCUGUUAUCAGAUUUCUCCUGAUUUCUUUCUCAGCUGACCCAAGGAACAUAUUUCCUCUUUGACUUAAUUCCCUUUCCAUAGGGUGGGGAUAAAGUCUUCACACACCUUUCAUUGAAAUAAGAGAUAUCGUAAAUGGACCCUGCACUUGUUUAAACCCUAAAAUAGUUUCCUUGCUUCAAACCAUCAUAAGAGUAAAUGAGCUUCCAGGUUCUAUUUAAUUCCUCACUUUACCUUGGAGAAUUGAAGACUGCACUUUACUAAGAGAAUGAGCGGACUGUUGCCUGUGGAAAAGCAAAACCUUUCUUCCUGCUCUCUGGUAACCAUCUGAGCUGGUGUAGCAGUUAAGAAUAGAGACUCCUUGGGAGGGGGAUAUAGCACAGCAGCACAAGUGCCUGCCUGGCAAGUGCAAGGUCCUGAGUUCGAGUCCUAGUACCAAAAAAAGAAAAAAAAAGAACAUCUGAAGAAUACAGAUUCCAAGGCACAAAUUCUGCUCUGCCGCCUACCAGCUGUGUGAGUUGGACACAUUACUUAAGCCUCAGUUUCCUCAUCUGUACAAUGGUGGUGAUCGGAUCUACCUUACAGAGUUGUUAACAGAAAUAAAUGACUCUAAAUGCAAAAGCAUUGAAAAUGACACCUUGCACAUGCUAAAUACUGUGUUCACCUUUGCUGUUUCAGAACUUGUUCUUUGGCUGAGAGAACUAAUAGGUAUUAAGUUUGGAGGGAAAUAAUUUAUUUUCACUUAACAGCCUUUAAUAAAAUAGAAAAAGAAAA